AAGCACAUUAUCUACAAGAGGGCAAAAGGCGAGAGAGGAGAGUGAGUGGCAGAUAGCAUAAUCAAGAAAAGAGAUGACGAGUUUCUCUAUAGCCUCGCCCUGUACCAUCCCCUUCCCUUCAACAUCGACCAUUUCAAAACCCUUUUCUUCCUCCUUUAAUGGCAUUCGAAUUGCGCAUUACUGCCCACCCAGCGCCUUAUCCACUCGGAUUUCACACACUAUUUCUUCUUCUUCUUCUACAGUGGUUAUGAUGGCGAAAAGGGAAGAGGAAUUGAAAGAAAUCAGAACCAAAACUACUGAACAGCUUAACGAUGAGAUUGUCGACCUCAAAGGAGAGCUCUUCAUGCUCCGCCUUCAACGCUCCGCUCGUAACGAGUUCAAGUCGAGCGAGUUUCACCGAAUGCGCAAAAGGAUUGCCCGCAUGCUUACUGUGAAGAGGGAGAGAGAGUUGGAGGAAGGAAUUAACAAGAGGUUGUCAAGAAAGCUCGACCGGAAAUGGAAGAAAAGCAUCGUUCCUAGACCACCUCCAUCUCUUAAGAAAUUACAAGAAGAGGAGGCAGCAGCAGAAGCUAAGGAAUCGACAUGAGUUUCACUAGACUUUUCUUUUGCGCAAAUUCAUGCACCUCUUCUUUUAUCAUCCAUUUUCUUCUUUUCAUGUUUUUGAUACCAAGUGUGAGGUCUUUAAUUGUUUCUAACUGAUCUCUACCAUUUUCUGCAUGCUUGUUAGAUCGUUGUGGAUUAUAUACACAUUUAUUUUCAGUUUCCAGUAAAGGAGAAUGUGUUGUGCCAUCGAUCUUAACGUGUGAAGGUUCAAAUUCAAUAAGAGUUUAGUUUUGAAUUUAAA